UGUGAAAGUUUCAUUUUUUCUGUUUUUUUAUUUUGUUUUUUUGGCGGAGGAUGAGGAUUAAUCGAUCUAUUGAAAGCUAGGACUGAUAUAUAUAUUACUGUUAUAGUCUAAGUUGAAAGUCUGUAUAAUAAGUGAAAGGGACUUCUGUAGACAUAGAAAGUUUUAACAAGGAAAGUUUACUUUUCAAUGUUAUUGUAGAAUGAGUAUAAAUAUUUUGUUUGGUUUCUGUCUCAUUAUUAAAAAUAAUACUCCUAACAAUUCAUUAUCUACCAAUAUUUUAGAAAUUAAGGACGGUCUCGCGAUACUCGUAUACAAUUUGUAAUUUAUAACUGAACAUGUUAUCAGUGAAGUGUUUGUUUACAUAUUGUUACUAAAUUUAGUUAUGAUACGUCAGGUAAAAUCCAAUAUGGAAGAUGCUCAAAGUCACAGGCGACACACACAGUAAUAUUGUAAGCAAGACAUUCUAUUCUGCCUGCCAAUGAUUGAUGCAAUUGCUCAACUUGUAAAUCGAGUUCAAAUUAUGAAGUCAACUGCUAGUAUGCAAUGUAGUGAAUAGAUAAUUGAGAUGGGAAGUGAAACAUUACUGUGGGCUUUUCAACUGCUGAAAAUAAUACCUUUUUGUGAGGUUUCUUAAUUGAGAAAUGGCUACAAGAAGUGAAUUUCGCAAAUACAACGGAGUAAACACAAAAGGUGAAACACCUCUACAUUUAGCAGCCAAAAAUGAAAACCAUGACGGGAAAAAUGACAUUGAGAACUUAUUGACAAAGGGCGUCGACGUCAACGCCCGUAAUAAGUGGGGUCAAACGCCACUCCAAUAUGCUGCCAUAGCUGGUUGUUUACGAAAUAUUGAGAUAUUGACAAAGUACUCUGGUAUUGAUGUCAAUAGCAAAGAUAUAAACGGAUACAAUGCCCUUCAGAGUCUCAUUGCUGCAAAUGAUGGCGAAAGUAACAAUUCAGAUGACAAUUUGCCUGUAAUGAGUAUUUGCCUUCCAGGUGAUGAUGACGAUGACGCUGACAUAUUCAAAAUUCCACUUUGUUUAUACGGUCGUAUGAAAAAAACAUUUAGUAUCGAUCUAAGAAAGUCUUUGCAAGCUCUCAUCAAUGCCGGAAUCGAUGUGAACAAUCAGACUACAUUUGGAGACGGUAUCCUACAUCUCAUUGCUACGAGGGAGGAAAACACGCCAUUAUUGAAGUUUUUUAUUUCAAAUUUUCCGGACACAAAUUUAAAUUUGAUAAACAUAAAGAAUGAAAACUUUUUGCAUGUUUAUGUUACCCACGAACUAUUAGAAGAUAUUUUCGAAUUGCUUGAAUGCAUUGCAAAAUAUGAUCAAUCUAGUUUGAGGGCAUUGUUAUCCAGUAGAGAUGUUUUUGGAAAAACGCCAUGGAAUUUAAUGAUUGGCGGAUCAGGUUACACUACAUCUGCCGAAAAUCUUAAAACAAUUCUUAGCUAUGGUGUGUCUCCUAAAGUCAAUGAUACACUUGGAAACACAGUAUUGCAUCAAAUUUGUGGUGUUUCACAUGGAUAUGUGUAUGGCGAUGUAUUGGAAUAUCUCCUGGAAAUAGGUGCUGACAUAAACGCACAAAACAUGUACGGGGAAUCUGUUUUAUCCCUGACGUUAAGUGAGCAUAUUUUCAAUAUUUUUUGUGAGUUCAAUGCAGAUUGCAAAAUUUACGAUAGAUGGGGACGAAGUGCGUUGGUUUCUAUCAUGAAAUAUAGACCUAUGCCAGAUUUAUUCAGAGCUUUCCUUGUUAAGGGGACAGUUAAUUUGAAUACCAGUGACAUGUAUGGAUCUACGCCACUGCAUUUUGCAGCGUAUCACAAUUAUGAGGAACAAAUAGAGAUAUUGUUAUUAUUUGGUGCAGAUAUGAAUGCUCGCGACAAUCUCCAAGAGAGACCUCUGGACACAGCAAAGAGACACAAUAGUUUUCGUUGCAUUGCGCUAUUAAAAGCAGCAGACAGAACGGCUGUAGAACACACAUCCUUUCGAAAAUCAAUGCAUAGAGACAAGACGUUCGAAGAGAUUCUUUAUGGACUACCGGAGACGAUAAUAUCGUCUUGUAUCAUAUCACCACAAGAUAUUCAGACACUACUAGAACUACCCUUGAAUUUAAAGGACUUCAUGAACUACCUUCUCGAGUCGUACUAUACUAGAAGUCCAAAAUAUUCUCCUGAAGUAGAAUCUGUCACAUUGGAUGUUAAUAAUCUUGUCACGUCACUUUGCACGCAAAUUCAAAAAUACGAUUCUAGAUUUGAAAUGUCAGUUUUUCCAUCUGGAAGUAUGGCUGAAGGAACAAAAAUUGGCCGUCCAGAUGAAUUCGAUUUUAUUUUAUGUCUUGAUAAGUUAAAUGAUAUCACUGACAUUGUAAUGACAGACAAUCUUUUGAAAUCUGGAUUCGCUUCUCUCAAAUUUAAAACUACACAAGUUUUUGACGAGUAUCUACCAUUUACUGAUGCUGACGGCUAUUUCUUGCCUAUUUUGUUUCUGAGGUUAUUCUACGAUUAUUUGAAAAGAGCACUGAAUGAAUCUCAUCAAUGGAAGGAGGGAAAUUUCUACUAUAAUGUUGAAAAUAGCAUGGUAAAACUUUUCACCAAACCCGUGUUUACAUUUGAUGUAUAUUGGCUUGGUUCUGUUUAUAAGCAAUUGAGAAUCAGUAUAGAUCUUGUUCCGGCAGUAUACAAAAGAGGAUGGUGGCCAAUAAAUACUGAUAUUGACAAAAUACCUCUCGUUAGUCCAGACAUCAAAGCAGCCGGCUGUUUCCUGACGCUGCAAACAAAAGCGCACCAAAUUCCUCUUCACGACAAGGACUGUAUUAGCCGAACCUGUUACACUAAAGACCCUGAAGAAGAACAAGCAAAGAAGAGAUUGUUGCGCAUUUCAGCUGCUCCUGCAGAGAUAUGCCUUAUGAAGUCAUUACCCGAUGAUUUUCGGCAAGCUUAUAUCCUGGCAAAAGUUUUGAAGAACGUAUGUCCUGAUAUUAAUGUUGAAACAAAACAAUACAAGCUGGAGGAAGAAGACAGCGAAUAUGAAAAACCACGUCGCACAAGACCAUCUACAUUAAUUAAAAGCUAUAUGUUAAAAAAUAGCGUGUUUUAUGUACUGGACGAACUCAAAAUGAAGAACCAAUUAGAAGAUGGACUUGAAGUAUCUGAGAUAACUAUAAAGAUGUACCAUUUUCUUCUGCGAUUUGUUGAUGGGGGAUAUAUGCACAUGCGUCCGUACUUUCUGUCAAAUGAUGUUAAUGUCUUCGAGACAUCAAGUGAGCUAUCCUCCAACAAAACAUUUAUUUUUCAUUUACAAAGAGAAUUUAGUAUAAAGCUUAUGCUAGGUAUACUAAAUGCUAAAUUUCCAAAAGAAUGUUUGGCUGCCUAAAUAUUUAAUUUUAGCAAAUAUUUAAUUUUAGUAAUUAAAUCACUAGCAUUCUUUGUUACUCAUGUUAUCAAACACGAAAACUUGUUGAUUGCAUUCAAAGCACUUUCGAUAAGAUUUCCUUACAAUGACAUCCGCUCAGGUCUAAGUCAACAGUUAAACGUGUUUAAACUGGUAGCAGAAAAGUUACCAAGACACUUCAUAAAGCACCGGACAUCUGCAUAUAUAUAUAUAGUUGAUAUAUAAAAUAAACUUUGUAAACGUACACCUACAGAGGUUAUGGUCAAUUAUAGGAAAAUGAACCAACGUUUGAUACACAUACUGUGGAUUCAUUAAUAUUCGUUGAAUAAUAAUUUAAGUGGAUUUCGUGGGUACAGGGGAACCACGAAUUUAAGUGUAAAGGAAUGUAUGCAGACUUUUCCAAAACAACGAACUCAAAUAUCCACGAAAAUGCAAGUUUUCCUCAAUCCACGAAAAUUAGUACCCCCGAAAAUAAAUGAAUCCACAGUAUACGAUGCAGUGAGCUAUACCGUAUUCGCCAUUGCAGAAUCAAAUGCAUUCUAGGAUACAGUAUAUUUUCAAAAGCUUUCACAAAAACGUUGUAAUUGGUUAACAACAUCUAUAUAAAAUUUAUUCAACCAA